AUGACAGAAAUUAAUUUAAAAGAUUCUCAACAACAACAAGAAUGUUUGGCUUUUGAACCUCAAAAUUAUCUCAAGGAUAGAUGCAAAAAAUGUUUUAGACUAAAGGAUAAACACGAAAGUAAUUUGCCCAUUCGAAAGCCUACACUAGAACGAAAAGCUUCUUCAAGCAGUACAAGCAAAAGUGCUUCAGAUGCAGCUAAUGUCAAAACAACAAAAUUAACAAAAACAAAGAGUAGCAACGCUACAACUUUGAACAAUUCUGCUACUGCUUCAACAAAAAAUACUGCUACUGCUUCCAACAAUAAUUUUGUUUCUGCUUCAAAAAUUAAUUCUGCUUCCGCCUCACAAAAUAAUUCAAAUUCAGUUUCAAAUAAUUCUGCUUCUAAUAAUUCUGUUAGCAAUUCAUUAUUAACAAAAAAGCACUCCCCUCCAACUAACAACAAAUCUUCGCCCAAAAAGGUGUUAGCAACAAAUACAGCUAACAAUAAAAACAAUAUUCCGGUGCCUACAAAUGUUGCUACAACUUUUCGAAGAAUUCCAAUUCAAAGAAGUUCUUCAGGUAUGGAAGAAGAAAUAACAGAGAAAUCAACAAAAUUAGUUAAAAAUAAAAAUAAUUCUGAUAAAAAUUCUGAUAUUAGAAAUCAGAAUUCUGACAGCAACAAUAUUGAUGAGAAAGUGAAGCAGAAGCCUAUAGUAACUAAGCAAAAAGAGGAAAACAAUAAGCAACAAAAAGAAUUAAAAGAAGCCUCAAAUGAGGUUGAAAUAAAUGAAGUCCUUCAAACUAAAAGUGACGAAAAUAAUAAAUUGGAGGUUAUCCUUUUUAAAUGA